UCAAAUAUUUGGAUAAUCCCGAUAUCUUCCUUGUGUGGUUCAUUGGUUUCAACGACUUUUAGAAUCUGCUAUCUUGGACCCCAUCUCUCACUUUUCCAAAACAAAACCCCUCAUGCUAAUCAAUAUCGCUUCUACUUGAACCCUCAAUCUUCCUUCAUACUGUGCUUAUCUAAUCAAAUCAAAUGGCUUCUUUGUCCAGAUUUAUUGUAAAAGAUUGUAAAUUGUACGCACUUCACAGACCAAGUUAUGCUCCAAGGACUCCCACCCAUUUUAGUAUAAGAAGUGGACAUGAGACUGGAAGAUGUAAUUUGUUCAUUCAAAAUAAGCACCAAAUUUCAGAUGUUGCUUUCCCAGUUCAAUCCUCAUUUAUUGGAAUCACUUCACUGCGGAAUUCAAAAAUAUCUUGCAAGGCAGCAACAAAUGUGUCUGGAGACUUACCAAGCAGUGGAAUGAGCCAAUACGAAAAAAUAAUUGAGACUUUGACCACUCUUUUUCCUCUCUGGGUUAUAUUAGGUACAAUCCUUGGUAUCUAUAAACCUGCCGCGGUCACUUGGUUGGAAACAGACCUGUUCACUCUUGGUUUGGGAUUUCUAAUGCUUUCGAUGGGCUUGACACUAACAUUUGAGGACUUCCGACGAUGUUUAAGGAACCCAUGGACUGUUGGUGUUGGAUUUCUGGCUCAGUACUUCAUCAAACCACUUUUAGGCUUUGCAAUAGCAAUGGCUCUAAAGUUGUCUGCCCCACUUGCAACUGGUCUUAUCUUGGUGUCAUGCUGUCCUGGAGGUCAGGCGUCAAAUGUGGCAACAUAUAUCUCAAAGGGGAAUGUAGCACUUUCUGUUCUUAUGACUACGUGUUCAACUAUUGGAGCUAUUGUGAUGACACCACUGCUUACUAAGCUUCUUGCUGGUCAGCUUGUCCCAGUUGAUGCUGCUGGUCUUGCUAUAAGCACCUUUCAGGUUGUGCUAGUGCCAACAAUUAUUGGAGUUCUAUCAAAUGAGUUCUUUCCUAAAUUUACCUCAAAAAUCAUCACCAUUACACCUUUAAUUGGAGUUAUUUUAACCACUCUUCUUUGUGCAAGCCCGAUCGGGCAAGUGGCAGAUGUGCUGAAAACUCAGGGUGCACAGUUACUCCUUCCAGUGGCAGCCUUGCACGCUGCAGCAUUUUUUCUGGGCUACUGGCUUUCAAAAUUUUCAUUUGGUGAAUCAACUUCCAGAACCAUUUCCAUAGAAUGUGGAAUGCAGAGUUCUGCACUCGGAUUUUUACUUGCCCAGAAGCAUUUCACAAACCCUCUUGUUGCUGUACCUUCUGCUGUUAGCGUGGUCUGCAUGGCGCUUGGUGGAAGUGCUCUAGCUGUGUACUGGAGGAACCGGCCAAUUCCUGUUGAUGACAAGGAUGAUUUUAAGGAGUAGGACCUCCGCUGCUGCUGCUGCUGCUGCUUUUUGUCGUCGUUAGUUUGUUAGAUGAAGUUAAAAGCUCAAUCAUGUCUAAUUAUGCAAAGGCAUGGCUGGGUAGCUUGCAUUUCUUGGCUGAAGCUGUAGCCGAAGCUAAAUUUUGGACCUUAGAAAGUUCUCCAAUUUAAUAUGUUAGAAGCAUAGCACUAGAGAGCCUUCCAAAAUAUUUUAAAUAUGUAUUGGGCUACCCAUGGCAUUGUAAGCAAAAUUUAGAAGGCUGUGCUUGUAAUGUUAAACUAGGAAAUUUCUAGUAGGACUCUUGGUUUACUGCAUCUAUUUAUUGGAAUAGAUAAGAUUAUGUUGGAUGAAGGACACGAGCUUGAAUUAAAAA